AUUUUAGCUUUCUCAAUCGCUUUGGAAAGUAACGCUCGACUUUGACAGGAAACUACAGCUCGAAACUAAAACACCGUAUGGGUAUGAUAACAGUGCUUGCCGAAAAGCAUUUUCAUUCGAAGAGAGAGAAAGGCCUAUAACUCUUCGUGUCUUCGUUUAUAGAAACAAAAACAAGCCACCGACUGAAGUGUUUUUUAAACACACAAAGAUACGACACUCGUACUGUUCAAGAUAAAAACGACAGAAGGAUAUAAUCAUUUCCAUCGACCAAACUAAAGAUAGAAAGGGAGAAAAAUAGUUUUGUCAUCCAAGCCGUAAUUAUGGGCAAUGUCGUCGUUCUUUCCUUUCGACGCUUUCGUCCGAUGUUAAAGUUAAAACGGCCGUUCCAUGUCGUUAUGGUUGGUCUUGAUAAAAGUGGAAAGACGGCUAUACUCUACCGUAGUAAGCUCCGUGAAUUUGUAAAGACAGUUUCUACGACAGCGUUCAAUGUGGAAACUAUUAGACCGUUCAAGGGAGUGCGUUAUAAAGUAUGGGAUAUUGCUGGACGGGAACAAAACCGGCCGCUGUGGAAAGCGUAUGUUCGACACACGGAUGCUAUUAUAUUUGUCGUGGACAGUACGAACGAAUCGAGAUUAGACGAAGCGAAGGAGGARCUAUUUAAUAUCUUAAACUGUGCUCAACUAAACGGUGCUCCAGUGCUUGUAUUCGCUAAUAAACAAGACUUGCCAAACGCUUUGUCGCCUCGAGAAAUAGCGACCAGACUGUGUCUUCACGAUUUAAACUCGCGACAUCUUUGGUACGUCCAGCCGUCGUCUGCUUUGCUCGGAGAAGGGAUACCAGAUGGACUUAGGGGCUUAUAUGAAAUGAUUGUACAGUGGAAAUUAGACUUAAAACGAGCAAAAGCAAGCAGAAAGAGGAAAUCUUUGGCAGCCUCACGGACCAACUCAAUUAAUAAUAUUUUGUAGAGUUCUCUAGUCGGGAAAUCGCGUCGAAUUAUAUAUUWUUAUUUUCAUCAUCAAAAUCAGUUUGAAAUUUCUUGAGUUCAAUGUAAAUAUUAUUUGGAUAGUUAUUGAUGCACAUCGGAGGAAUUGCUGUUCGUUUUAUCUUACUARCUUAACUUAUUAUUACACACGAAGUUCUUCGAUCAAAUCAUAUUUAAUUAAGAAUUGUAUUCAAUGCGCUGUAUUAUAUUCUGAGUCCCACUAAAAUUGACAAAAAUUUACUAUGUUUUGUUUGAAAUAGAAUAAAGUUAUGGAAURAUAACUAUA